UUCUUCUGAUCCCCAGUAAAAGCUGUUGAAGAAUUCGAGUGGAAAUAACUGAAUCAACGUUCCGAGGACUCCAAGCAUGGAGCCUAUAACGUCUUGGAGCAAGGAGAAAGUGAGGGACUGGCUCAAAGGCCUGGAAGCACCUCUUCAGCAGUACCCCUUUAAAGAGUGGCAGGUGACAGGAUUGGAACUGCUGCAGCUCUCUGCCCAGGAUCUGGAGCGACUCGGUGUUCACAAGAUUGGCCACCAGGAGCUCAUCUUCGAGGCUGUGGAGAAGCUCUGCACCUUGACAUAUGGCAUGGGAGGGGAGAACCUGCGCUGCCUGACCGAGAAGCUGCGUCUGGUAGCCCAGUCUAUGACAAUGGGCAUUCAGAUCCGCUGGAGGGUGAACACCUACGACGGGCGGAGCGCCACCAAGCUGCCGGCCAGCAUUCUGGAGGUGGUGCUGGAGCUCAUCACCUCUGCCAAGGGCCUCUUCUCUCUGCUCAACAGGUACCAGUUCGCCAAGCUGAGCGGUGUCACAGCCAGUAAGAACAUCAUCACCUACUGUAAAGACCUGGGAGCCACUGUCCACAAGGACGCCACAGUUUUUGAAAAGGAAAAAGACAUCAUCUCUAUUUGUCGUCAGCUGGUGGCGGUGUGUGAUGAGAUCCUGACCUGCUGUCCGGAGGACCUCCUGGCCCAUACUGCCCAGCUGGAGAGUGUCGACCUGGUACCCGUCUCCCCCGGCGACCAGCUGGGCGUCCAGAUAACGUCCACGGGCUCCAGUAACCACUACGUCACAGGCACCAUCGCCGAGUCACCUGCUGAAUUCUGUGAGAAGAUAUUAGCUGGAGACGAGGUGAUCCAAGUCAAUGAUCAAAUAGUGGUCGGCUGGAGCAGGAGAAACCUGGUGAAGAAACUUGAGGAGAACCCAACUGGGGUGUCGCUGGUCCUCAAGAGACUCCCGGUCACGCCGAACCGCAAAGACACGACUCCGCGCUCCUUCCGACAGAAACGGGAAGAGGAGCAAGAGGAAGAGGUCAGCCCGAGACACUCCAUAUUCAACAGAGUCACAGCCUCGGUCAGGUCCCUGUCAUUCAGGGCCGCGGUUCAAGAGCCGGAAAGCGUCCCGCCCAUGGGCCAGGAGGAGUCGGAGCUGUCCGUGGAAAAGGGCGUGGACGGAAGCCUGACGCUUCUCUCAGAGCCGGACCUCCCGGGGGAGCUGUCAAACCUGUCUGCAGGAGAAGCCGAGGGUUUGGAGGGGUCCAGGCUCAGCCCAGGGUCCAGGGGAGAGGUCUCCUUUCCCCCUGCUAGCCCGUGCCCGCGGGUCCUGCAACUAGGCCGAGCUAGCAUCAGCUCCUGCCCUGAAAUGGGGCAUCAUGGGGAUGAAAAGGAACCGAAAAAGACAUCUGUGAAAGGAAAGACCACAGCAAUGAGUAGGCGUCGUGUGUCCUGUCGUGAGCUGGGUCGGCCGGAAUGUGACGGGUGGCUGUGGAAGAAGAGGAAGGAGAGCAGUGUGUUCAUGACCCAGAAGUGGCAGCGCUUCUGGUUCGUCCUCAAGGGCCCGUCUUUAUACUGGUACACUAGUCAGCAGGAAGAAAAAGCGGAGGGCCUGAUUCACAUCUCCAGCUACAACAUCGAGAGCGCAGGGGAACACAAGAGGAAGUUUGUCUUCCAAAUGUGCCACCAGCGUUUCCAGACUUUCUUCUUUGCUGCAGAGAACGUUAGUGACAUGAGCAAGUGGAUCAACUGUCUGAUCACAGCCAUACAAAAACACAAGAAGAACAACAAAGGACAACCGGACAGCGAAGAGGAGUGUUAUAGUGAGACAGAGUCUGAAGAGGAGGCAUCUUAUUCUCCUUCUCCGCGCAGAACAAAGAUCUACACGAAAACCCUGUCCAACACACUGCCCCGGGCCAAGAAGGAGAAGGAGAAGAAGACUAAGACAAUUGUUAAUCCUCCAACUUUGGCACGCAGUAGGAGUCCAGGAGCUCCGGAGGACGAGAUGGGAGUGCUUUUCCACCGGCUGAAGGAGGGCGGGGUGUCCCUGAUUGGCAGCAGUCAGCCCGUGACGCACGACCACUUCCGCCGCUCCUUCAUCCGCCGCAACAAGAACCCUGUCAUUAACGAGAAGGUCCACACGCUCCGGGCGCUACACAGCACCCUGAAGGAUCGAGAGGCAGAGCUCCAACUCAUCAACAAGGUACUAGAGGAUCCAGAGCUGACUCCGCAGAAAUACCGCCUCUGGAAAGAUCACAACCAAGACCUGCACCUGGAGAUCCAGAAACUGGCCGUCCAACGGGCUGCAGCCGUAACCAAGGAAACAACGAGGGGGGUGUCUGAAAAGGGCCAGGGUUCUCCCACUGGACUGUCGCCGGGGGAGACUGUUGCCGUGGAGACAGAGGGCGCGUACGGACUGAGCCUUAGCGACGGGGAGAUGCUGGUGGACGCGGAGUCGUCGAUGUUCAGCUCGGAGGAGAAGAACGCGAUGAGUGACUCCGAUGUGGAGCCUGCAGAGAUCCACCCUAAAGAUGCUAGAGCAUCCAGCUUGGAGAACUACUUCUACAUUUGACUGAUCAUGGUGGUCUCCAUCAGAAAUGAUAACAGGGCUCCUUUUUCCCAGAAAAACCCAUGGCUCUGGUUAUGGCUUUGAUUCAUUUCCUUGUAAGGUCGGUUGGCCAGAAAAAUCCCAGGGCCUCUAUGUUUUUGCAUUUAUGUGGAUUUGUUUUGCUGUAGGAAAGACUUUUUGUCUCCCCAAGCCCACGUUGUCGCUCCAAACCGGCAGAGAUCAAGGGACACAUUCAUGUGACAAAAACAUGAACACAUUCAGUUGGUAGAUACACCUGAAGGUGUUUUAUCAUCACAGGACAUUAUGGACCCUCUAGAUUCUAAACUGUUUUAGAAUACUUUUAAAGGAGAUUUUAUGGAUAAAUAAUAUCUAUUUGUUGUUUAUCUCUUAUGUACAUAUAGUUUUUAUGUUAUGUAACCAGAUGAGUUUGGACUUGUAAACUUAGAUGGUGUAUAUUUUUGCACAUAAUAUGGUCCCAUUUGACCUGGAAAACAUUAUGACAAUGUUGUUAUAGAUCAAAGACAAUCACUAUUUUGAGCAGACAGAGUUUGAUUUUAGACUUUCCAGUUAUAAGCCUGUGUGUGCGCCUGCGUGUGUGUGCGCCUGCGUGUGUGUGCGCCUGCGUGUGUGUGCGCCUGCGUGUGUGUGCAUGUGAGUGUGUGCGCAU